UUCACAUCUCCGUCGCCUUCGGAAGCUCGUGACUGGGCUCCUUCCCCUAAGAGCCGGACCUGCAUUGGGUGCUAAAUUCCGAAACUAGAGUUGGCCGCUAGCGAGUCGUACAGCCGAGUCGUGUUUCAGCUGAACCAUCCAUUCAUCUUCAAGCCAUCAUGAGCUCUAAGAAACGGAGGUCACAGAAGGUUCCAUUCAAUGAAAGGAAAUAUAUGAAGAUUGAUCACUAUCUUUCUCAGAUACCUAAAGAACAAGAAGACAAUUCCAAUAUUUCACCAGUAAGGAUGGGAUGUAGACAAGAUCUAAGAGAGAUAACUAACAACCAGGCUCAAAGAUCCCGUUCACCUAAGAAAAAUAUAACUAAAAUCCAGGCUCAAAGAUCCCGUUCACCUACACUCCAAAAUAAGGUCAUUUACGUUGCCCUAGAGAAGAAUGAAGAAAUGAAACAUGUGCUCACACACUGUGAGAGGGGUAGCUUAUACAUGGCUCUCAACACUCUGAAGGCCCUCAAAGAAGAUAUAGAAACCAAGCAAGGCAAAGAAAUGCUGGUGCGUGGCACGGAAGGAAUCGAAGGGUACCUAAACCUUGGAAUGCCCCUCAGUUGUCUUCCUGAGAACUGCCACAUAGCGAUUACGUUUUCCCGAAGUAAAAAUAAGCCUGAAGAAGAGAACCAAGUAUUUGGCCGGCAUGAGGAGGCAUAUGCUGAUUGUAUCAAGUUUUACAUUCAUGCAAUUGAAAAGAGAAGUAAAAAGAUUGUGAAAUGCGGAGAACUUCACAAAGAAGGUUGCAAACUCUGUGUUUAUGCUUUCAAAGGAGAAACCAUCAAGGAGGCUCUGUGCAAGGAUGGCAGAUUUCUCUCCUUUCUUGAGAGUGAAAAUUGGAGACUCAUUAACAACCUGGAUUCCAUUUUGGAAAACACACAGCCCGUCGAUGAAUUAGAGGGAAAGCUCUUUCAGGUUGCGUUUGAGAGAAAAAUGGGCCUUAGAGCAGCAGCCACUUCGCAUUGCGAGUCAGAGAAGACAAACGUCUGUGUGUUGAAAGAACAAAUUGUGGCCCAGUACCCCAGUUUGAAAACAGAAAGUGAAGAAAUCAAGGCAAAUUUCAAAAAAGAAAUGAAAAAAAUAAAGGGGAAAGAAUUAUUUAUGGUGCAUAAGACAAACUUUGGGAAACUGACAAAAAACUCUACUCCUGUUAAAGUAGUCAAAUGUCUCUCACGUCUCAGUGACUCAGUUGGAUUUAUUUUCUGGGACAAUAAUGGAAAUAGCGGCUCUGCCACCUGCUUCGUUUUCACAGGAUUAUUCAUUUUCACAUGCCGACAUGUAAUAGAUGACAUUGUAGAAGGAAUCGACCAAGAGAAGUGGGCAGACAUAAUUGGUCAAUGUGUAAGGGUGACAUUUACUUAUGAAGAGUUCCCAGAAAAAGAGAACUGCUUUUCUGUUGAACCUUGGUAUGAGAUCUCUGAUACAGAUUAUGACUAUGCUGUCCUGAAACUGAAGGAAAAUGGGGAACAAGUGCCUGUGGGUCUAUAUAAUGGAAUUGCUCCUUCACCACUAAGUGGCUUGAUAUAUAUUAUUGGCCAUCCAUAUGGGGGGAAAAAGUCCACUGAUGGAUGUUCUGUGAUCCCUCAGGGUCAACGAGAACAGAAGUGUCAGGAACACAUUCAGGCUAGAAUAGAGGAGGGUUCUACACAGUAUAUCCAUAUGUUCACUCAAAGAAGCUUCUCAGAAAUCAUUCACAGACCAGAUGUGAUUACCUAUGACACCAGUUUUUACUUUGGGGCUUCUGGCUCUCCAGUGUUUGAUUCAAAUGGUUCGCUGGUGGCCAUGCAUACCGCUGGUUUUGCUUAUGAAUACCAAAAUGAGGUUUCUAGUAUCAUUGAAUUUGGCCCUGCUAUGGAAUUCAUUCUCCUUGAUAUUAAGCAAAAACAUCCAAAAUGGUAUGAAGAAGUAUGUAUAAAUCAGCAGGAUAUAGAAAUGGUGAGCGAUGAGUGAGGACUGAUGAGAAUUGCUUUAAGAGAAUUGCCUGGAAGUUGUUCUGCCGCAGGCAUUGAAGAGGGUUCUCUAAAUUCCAAGUCAAUUUCAUUAAAAAUGAAAAUAAUUAAUAUUAUAGACCACUUCCAAUAUGCCAGGCAUUUUUCUAAGUACAUGAGGAAAUUAACCCUAACUACUCUGUAACUUUUUUUUUUUUAAGUUUUUGCUUUACAGUGUAUGUGCUUACUGAAGAGAGAGAAAGACAUAGGGACAGUUAGAGAAAAAGUGAGAAAUCCCUCAGGAGAG